GCCCGCGCCCGCCAUGGACGUGGAGGAGGCGUUCCAGGCGGUGGGCGAGAUGGGCAUCUACCAGAUGUACCUGUGCCUCCUGCUGGCCGUGCUGCUGCAGCUCUAUGUGGCCACAGAGGCCAUCCUCAUUGCACUGGUUGGAGCCACACCGUCUUAUCACUGGGACCUGGCUGAACAGCUCCUGCCCAACCAGAGCCACAGCAACCAGUCCGCUGGCAGAGAACAGGCCCUGGGGGACUGGCUCCUGACCGCCAACAGCAGCGAGGCCCGCAAGCACGUGCACUUCAGCGGCAGCCUCACCUCCAUCGCCUCUGAGUGGUUUUUAAUUGCCAGCAGAUCAUACAAAGUCAGCCUGGCCAGCUCCUUCUUCUUCAGUGGUGUGUUUGUCGGCGUGAUCUCUUUUGGUCAGCUUUCAGAUCGCUUUGGGAGGAAAAGAGUCUACCUUACAGGUUUUGCUCUUGACAUCUUAUUUGCUAUUGCAAAUGGAUUUUCUCCCACAUAUGAGUUCUUUGCAAUAACUCGCUUUUUGGUGGGCAUGAUGAAUGGAGGGAUGUCCCUGGUGGCCUUUGUCUUGCUAAAUGAAUGUGUGGGCACCGCCUACUGGGCACUUGCAGGAUCGAUUGGCGGCCUCUUCUUUGCUGUCGGCAUCGCCCAGUACGCCCUGCUGGGGUAUUUCAUCCGCUCCUGGAGAAGCCUUGCUCUUCUGGUUAACCUGCAGGGAACAGUGGUCUUUCUCUUAUCUUUAUACAUUCCUGAAUCACCUCGUUGGUUAUACUCCCAGGGUCGACUGAGUGAGGCCGAGGAGGCACUGUACCUCAUCGCCAGGAGGAACCGCAAGCUCAGGUGCACGUUCUCACUAUCACAUCCGGCCAACCGGAGCGCCAAGGAGACAGGAAGUUUCCUGGAUCUCUUCCGGUACCGAGUUCUCUUGGGACACACCCUGAUCCUGAUGUUCAUCUGGUUUGUGUGCAGUCUGGUGUAUUAUGGCCUCACCCUGAGUGCGGGGGACCUAGGGGGAAGUAUUUAUGCCAACCUGGCCCUGUCCGGCCUUAUAGAGAUUCCAUCUUACCCUCUCUGCAUCUACCUCAUCAACCAAACGUGGUUUGGCCGGAAGCGGACAUUAGCAGCAUUUCUGUGCCUAGGAGGACUGUCUUGUCUUAUUGUGAUGUUUCUUCCUGAAAAGAAAGACACAGGUGUGUUUGCCGUGGUGAACAGCCAUUCCUUGUCCCUGCUGGGGAAGCUGACAAUCAGUGCUGCCUUUAAUAUUGUUUAUAUCUACACCUCAGAGCUCUACCCCACCAUCAUCAGGAAUGUUGGGCUUGGAGCUUGUUCCAUGUUCUCUCGAGUCGGGGGGAUCAUUGCCCCCUUUGUCCCCUCACUGAAGUAUGUGCAAUGGUCUCUGCCCUUCAUUGUGUUUGGAGCCACUGGCCUGACUUCUGGCCUUCUGAGUUUGUUAUUGCCAGAAACUCUGAACAGCCCUUUGCUGGAGACGUUUUCUGACCUUCAGGUCUACUCGUACCGAAGGCUGGGGGAGGAAGCCUUGUCUCUGCAAACCUUGGAUCCGCCACAGCCUGAGGACCAGAUGAGCACUUUAGGGAGUGAGAGUGAGGAAGAGGAGUUUUAUGAUGCCAACGAAGAGACUCACAUGAUCAAGUGAAGAGCCCUUGCUCCCAUUCAGUAGCCAAGGAGUGUGGCUCAUGCCUUAAGCUGGAACCCGCACAGGUGGGACUCAGCAUGGACCUACACUUUCCAGGACCAGAGAAAGUUGGAGAAGAGUGUCCAACAGAGGGACCAUCUCUGCAUCAAGGGAGUGGUUGUUCCUUGGUCCAGAAUUGAAGUUCACCUCACUGCCAUGACCUCUGGUCACAUUCCGGAGGGCUGACUGGUGUCUCAGUGUCAUCAUGUGGCCUGCCUUCCUCGCCGUCUCCGAGUGGAUAUGUGACACAUCUCACCACUUUACCAUGAUUAGCUCAGCCCUGCUUCAGAUUUCAUGUAGAAAUCUUUCAUCUGCCCCCGUCACCUGCUUCUCCUCACCAGGAAUCUUCUGGUGCAGGGUGAUGUGUCCAGAUGCCCUGCAACUUGGCCUCAGCUCGCUCUCAGCUUGUGCCUUUGGCCCGGAGAUGAUUGACCAGUAAAAGCCAAAUGCGCCAAAGCAAUUAACUGGGAUGAGGAGUGAGUGGCCUGGUCGCUCCCUUUCACACGCGCAUGGUGUGAUUUCUUUUGUUACCACUAGAAAGUUCUUCCAGGAAAAUGCCCCUGUGGGAUUUUACUAGCAGCAGUAGCUUCAAAAUCAUGCACAGCAAACAGCAAAGCUCUGUAAUAUGGAGGGCAGUUCUCAAGUGACAUGUUCUGCCUUGGAAGCUUUGAAAAAAUGCAGUUUUAAAUAAGGGAAUGAAGAAGAUUGUCUUUCAUAAUUUUUGUUUUCAACGUGCAAUGAGAGAUUUGGACAUUUAAGAACUCAAACUCUUUUUACCCAUGGUUACUUAUUUAGUCAGGAGGUACAGUAAUUUCAAGAAAAUGUACCUUUUAUUAAGUGCUUUCAGUGGUUUUCAAAUGAAUCAAAAAUCAUAUAUAAUUUCCUAAAACCCUGUGUUGCAAAAUACCCAUUUUUCAUGAAAUUUGAACUCUGUCAAGAGUGUGAACCAGAAGUCCACGUGCUGGGAUGGCUCUAGUUCAUGUCCCUAACCAAGGAAGUGUCUGUGUUCAGAAUUUCCAUGUCUGAUAAUCUCUCAGCAGUAGGGAGAGCACAGAGACAAAGGGAGCGUGUGGCCGUGGCUGCUUCUAGCAAUCUUAGGGGCAUGCCUCCCAGUUGGCUCCAGACAGGCCCCUGGUACCCCUCAUGCUUGCUUCUUGGCUCACAGUAUUCACAUCUGUCUUUGUAUUUGUUAAGCAUUUUUUUCUUUAUGCUUGUGAUUAUGUGUUGGGUUCUUGUAAACAGGAGCCACCUCCACUGUGUUCCCUGCUGUGCCCAGGACACCGGCCCCAACACGGUGAGCGCGUGUUUCUAGCCUUCAGGGAAACUGUGGAGCUCUCCCCAGGAUCAUCAUUGCCAGGCAGGUUUGACCCACACCCCCAAAUAUGGAGUCCUGCUUUGCUUUCUUAGAAAAUUGUCUGCCCACCAUUGGAAAAGGAAGAAUAAAAGGACUUACGGAGACUCCUAGCUCGUGUAAAAUGGUCAAGUAUUUAAAAUAAAGCAAUGAAAUAAUGUC